UCACUUUGAUUUGUCAUGUCGAUUCGAUCGAACGUGUAUUUGCCGUGUUUCGUCGACGUCGAUUCGGUUCGAGCCCUCUAGGCUCUUCUGUGUGUUGGCUCCAAGAUUUUUGGGGAAAGGUGUUUCUUCUUCGUCGCUGUUCAAGAGAAGAAAGAAGUGUGUUGAAGUGUCAUUCUUUUCUGUGUUUGGAGCUGCUGUGUAGAAGCUUGCGAGAAGCAACAAUAGUAGCAGGCCCUGCUUUGCUAUUUGUCUGAAAGCUCUAGCUAUCAUAAUAGAAUAACACACAGAAUACACAAAACGCCAACAACCGUGAGUGAGUGAGUGAUAGCCCAAAAAGUAAAAAAAAUCGGAGGAAAAACUUAUCAUCCAGGAACGGGUCGGAAGUGGUUGUGUUUUUCGUUCCUUGCGCUUUCCCCGUUUUUCUUCGCAUCCACCAUUUGGAGUGGAAGUAAUCGUUUGUUGUGCGAAAAAGUGAACCAUUCUUCAUCAUCAUCAUCAUGGCCGAGGAGGAGAACACCCUGGAAGAAAUACCGGAGAGCGAGAACAAAUUCGCUAUGCGGAAUCGUGGCCGAAAAGGUGCGCUCAAGAAGAAGAACGUCUAUAAUGUCAAGGAUCAUCGGUUCAUCCCGCGCUUCUUCAAGCAGCCCACGUUCUGUUCGCAUUGUAAGGAUUUUAUCUGCAUUUACAAUGCAAACGAUUUGGUUGCAGAAUUAGAACUGCAAGUCACGGCAGAUGUUAUGCCAGAAUUGAGCGUAUCGACAACUGAUGUUCGAAAGAAAAUUUCUCAGCUCGAUGAAUCCAAAGGAAGUGGACCUGAUGUGCUGCGCAAAAAUGGAAUCACCGGUGUUAGUCUACAAUGGAUACGUUCGAACCUGAUGGAAAGAGUUCAGUUUGUAAAAGUUGGGAACGCGAGAUCAAGCACAUUCCUGGUCAACAGCGGCGUACCUCAAGGGAGUCACUUGGGACCCCUACUUUUUAUAACUGUUAUGAACGAGUUCCCCGAAGUGCUGCGUGACGUGUUUGUGCUAAUCUACGCGGAUGAUUUGAAAAUGUUUCUUCCUGUUCGGUAUCCCAAGGAUUUGAAAAAGGCCCGGAAUCUGAUUCCCAUGGAUCCGAACGGUUCCAGCGAUCCGUACGUCAAGAUCAAGCUGAUCCCGGACUCGGACAACGUGAAGAAGAAAACCAAAACCAUUCGCGCCAAUCUGAAUCCGGAAUGGAACGAGACGCUUGUUUUUGACCUCCGGGCCGAGGACAAAGACCGGCGGAUCCUAGUCGAGGUGUGGGAUUGGGAUCGUACCUCCCGGAACGACUUCAUGGGUUCGCUGUCGUUUGGCAUCUCGGAGGUGCUCAAGAAUCCGGUCGAUGGGUGGUUCAAGCUGCUGACCCAGGAAGAGGGCGAGUACUACAACGUUCCGGUGCCCGAGGAAGGUGCCGAUCUGGCAACGCUCAAGAGUCAGAUGAGGGUAUGUGAGAGUAAAACGUCCAUCUCCAAGAAGGGUCCGGUUUUGGGCGACAAAGAUGUUCCUCACAAUAUGGGCAAGAAGGACGUGAUCCGGGCCACGGACUUCAACUUCCUGAUGGUUCUCGGUAAGGGUUCCUUCGGCAAGGUCAUGCUGGCCGAGCGUAAGGGAACCGACGAGCUGUACGCAAUAAAGAUUUUGAAGAAGGACAUCAUCAUCCAGGACGACGAUGUCGAAUGUACGAUGGUGGAAAAACGGGUAUUGGCAUUGUCCAGCAAGCCACCAUUCCUCGUUCAGCUGCAUUCCUGUUUCCAAACAAUGGAUCGACUAUACUUCGUUAUGGAGUAUGUCAAUGGUGGGGAUUUGAUGUUCCAAAUACAACAGUGUGGUAAAUUUAAGGAACCAGUCGCAGUCUUCUACGCGUCGGAGAUCGCCAUCGGGUUGUUCUAUCUGCACCAGCGCGGUAUCGUGUACCGCGAUCUGAAGCUGGAUAACGUUCUGCUGGAUCAGGACGGACAUAUCAAGAUUGCCGACUUCGGCAUGUGCAAGGAGGGCAUCGUCGGCGAUAAGACGACCAAAACGUUCUGCGGCACCCCGGAUUACAUCGCACCGGAGAUUAUUUUGUACCAACCGUACGGAAAAUCCGUCGAUUGGUGGGCGUACGGCGUUCUACUGUACGAGAUGCUAGUCGGCCAGCCUCCGUUCGACGGGGAAGACGAGGAGGAACUGUUUGCGGCCAUCACGGAUCACAACGUUUCCUAUCCGAAGAGUUUGAGCAAGGAAGCCAAAGAUGUUUGCAAGGGACUGCUAACCAAGAAUCCCCAGAAACGAUUGGGUUGUGGAGCUCGUGGCGAAGAAGAUGUUCGUGCUCAUGCAUUCUUCCGCCGGAUCGAUUGGGACAAGAUCGAAAACCGUGAAGUACAACCACCAUUCAAACCGAAAAUUAAACACCGCAAAGACGUUUCCAAUUUUGACCGUCAGUUUACCUCGGAGAAAACAGAUCUAACACCAACCGACAAGCUCUUCAUGAUGAACCUCGAUCAGACGGAGUUCAACGGAUUCUCCUACCUAAAUCCGGAGUUUGUUCAACAUAUCUAAGGAAUUCAGCGCUUGCAUGGACAACAGCAUUACUAAUUAUUAUUAUUACCAUUAAUUAUUAUUAAUUAAUCAAACUGAUAUUGGUAUGGAAAUCCAUUAGGGAAUAGAUAUUACUUAUAUAUUGGCAACUGGCCAACUAGCACGGAAUCGCAAUACCAAUAGACUCGAAUGAAACCCCAAUCUUUACCAAUACAAUAUGCAAAGACUACCUUCGCCCAUCUCUUGUGAAUAGCUCAGCAAUCCAAAGAUACGGGAUUCGUCGGAAUCCCAUUUUGGCGCUUCUUCAAACACUAAGCGACGUCAUGUCUCUAUGUGUGUGUUUGCGUACAAGUAACUAGAACAACAAAAACAUAAAUAUUAAUAUUACAUUAUCAUAUGAAGACAACAAGACAAAAACCAAAAAAGAAACUUCGGAUCCGUUUUCCAGAAUUGAUUAAACAAAAACCUCUGUUUUUCAGUCUUCCCUGUGCAAAUUGACGACAAAUUGACACCAAGAAGCAAGAGAACACACAGUCUUUACAUGAUAACUUGCUCACAAAAUUUUUCAUCGUGCUGCUUUUUUGCCAUGUUUUCCCGAAAGACUUUCGGCAAGCACCCACUACUUAUCUUUAGUGAUCAUACGCUUCUAGGAUAGAUUGAGUGUUGUCCUAUCGCGAAGCGAGAAAUUAAAAAUAGACAAAAAAACGAAAAGAAAAAAAAAUGAGCGAAAAUCCAGGCCAAAUGAAUCUUAUAGUACUGUUAUUUCUUCUAAUACUGCACCUUGUUAUCAACUAUACACACACGUACACACCCCAGAGAAAAAAGGAAAAAAAAUAACACCCAUCUUUUAUAUAUGAUAAGCCAGCGGAUAAAGUGUGGUAACUUUUAACAAACAAAAAUUCUUAUAAUAUACAAAAAAAACAAGAAGAAAGGAUUAAGAAAAAAAAGAUUGAUUCUAUUUUAAAAAACAAAUCCAUAGAUGUUGAAGAUUAUUGUAAGAGCAAAAAAGUACAUAAGUCAGACGAAAAUCAAUCACAUUCGUAAUAUUUGAACAUUACAUAGCAAACGCUUAGCUAAGCUAAGCGCAGAACGGAGAUUGAAGAGAAGAAAAUAAUGAAGCACCACACUCACACAGGAAACUUGUAGGAUACAAUCAAUGGACGGUCACUCUUAAGUGAAGUACCUAGUUUUGUGAAGCAUGUUUUAGCUUAGCAAUUUCCUUGCGAAAGAUAAAAAGAUAUGCUCACUUUUUCAUGCUUUUGCAGCUGUCAUUUUCCCGUAUCCCGUCAAAUGGCGCUUUAAGCUUUCAAAGUGAAGGAUCAGCCACUGGUCGGCAAAAUUAACAUUUUUUUUUUUUUACGUGUUUAAAGAUAGAACAUCUAAAUCCGACAAGUUUUAGAAAUUUUACUAUUCAAUUGUUAUAUCCAGAAUGCUGUGCUGAAAGGAGAUCGCAGCAAGCCGUGCUCGAGAACAGAGGUGUUUUUUUUGUCGUUUACUCGUGAAACAAAAAUGAAGUGACUUCUAUCUAUUUUGGGACUUACAAUUCGAUCGAUAAAUUUUAAAAUUGAUUGAAAUGUAUCCAAAUUACUCGCAGAGAAACGCAAUUGGUGUUUUUAUUGUGUGUGACAGAUCGUGCGUGAAAAAAGAGUUAUGUGCAGAAUUUUGUGCAUCCGUUGUGAAUUGUCGUUAUUUGGAAGUGGAAGGCUCUAAGUAGAAGAAAGAAAACUAAGAAACUGAAUGCCUGAACGACAUUUUCAUUGGACUUGUUUACUUGUUUUUGCUUAUCUUUUUACUAAGGUUAAUGCAAAAAAUUAAUUGGCUGUGGAUGUUUUGUGUUUGCAAGGAAUAGGGACCGAUUAAUGAAUAUUUGAAUGCAACUAUAUUCAAGAUGACCGGAUCCAGGAAAAAUGAAUAGGGAGACAGCACAGGAACCUUUCUCUUUGCAAUGGAGUUUGGUGAGAUUGUUUCUGUUUGAAUUUUUACUAUUCUUUUGCUUAUCCAUCCUGCUUGCCAAAAAGGAUUUUCCAUGAAAAAAAUCCUUCCCCACCUUUCUGAAUACAACACCUUAGGUCGUAUGAGUUCUCUGCACCUGAAAAGUUCAUGUUGUUGUAUAAGAUUACCCCCUUAAUGUGUGCUGCAUCCAGAUACUUAUUUUGGAAUCUUUUGUUGGUUUUAAUUAUGAGUUGUAACUUGUGUAUCAGCCAAUGCAAGAUGUAUGUUGUCACCCAAUGCUAUGCUAUACUAUAUUCAGAAUGCUGUUUUAAAACGAAAACUGCUUCAGAGCAAAGUGUUGCGAUAGGACUGAUGUAGCUUUAAACUGGUAUCUAUCCACAUUUAAUUCUAAUUAGUUAACUCCUAGACUAAUCAAGUGAACUGUCAAAUCUUACCUCAGUGUCACAUGAUCAUUUUCAAGUUAUACCGAAAGUCAUCUACCUACUGAAGCUGUUGGAGUUACUACCCUGAAUUCCACAAGGUUUUACAUAAAAAAUAUAGCUUACGAAAUUGAAGUGUAAUUGGUGGGAAGAAUGACAGUGUUGUUAAAUUCCCGGAAAAAAAAAUUUAAGUGUAAUAUGUUUAUUAGAAAUUCAGAGUAUACAGGUAUAUCAUUUUUUUUUUUUUUGAUAAUGAUCUCUUUUUGAUAUCUGAAAGUGCUAAACAGAUUGCUCAGUGAGCGUUGUAAGUGUAUGCAAGUGCUUAGAACUAGUUCCGUAACUGCACUCCCAUCAGUCAUCCAUGGCCCGCGGGCCACAUUCUGCCACGGCUGAAUAUUUGUGGUCAUUGAAGCUCUUUUUGGAAUAACCAUGUUCUCAGAAUUGAAUGUUUUCCGUGGUUUAAAUAAUUAAAAAAAAAGUUCCUAAGUCUUCGUCCACUUCAUUCUUCAAAAGAUACAGGAACAAGGGGGAGAUGAAGCGUGGAGUUCCCUACCAAACGCUUCUUAUGAUAAUAUAGCUUUAGUUUAUAAAAUGUUUAUGUUUGAAAUGUACAGUUUAAAUCAGAAAUAAAAACAAAAAAAUGGAUAGAUCUCACCAGAAACUUCUCGGGUUGACCCUCAUCCAGCCAGGACUGGGACGAUGAUCUCUUCCAUCAGUUUAUUGAUUUUGUAUUACAAUUGCGAACAUGUUUGAACCGGCGAUUCCUGGCCACUGUUCACUUUGUACCUCAUGCGAAAUUUCUUCCAGAGUACAUCGCUAAAAUCAACGUUCCCGGAAAGCCGGUUCCAGAGCUUCUUAGUCAUUUCCAAUCAGCUCUGGCACCGGCUCCAGCUGUCGCAGCGGCCACUAGACAUUAUCCACCAAUUUUGGAAAUAAACCUCAAAACAUUAACUAUACAAAUAAUCAAUGCGAUGCAAAUUCAAAGCAUAAAACUUCUAAACAAUUUCUUCAACACACAAAAAAAAAUAAAACCAUUUAGAAAUAUUUCUUUCCAGGAGUCCUAAAUCUUCAUCCACUGCAUUCGAUAUGAAAGUCGGGGGAAUUUCCUUGAUUUGAUAAAAUUUUAUUCUACAAAAAGAUUGCCAUCACUGAAUAAAGGAUCAAUAACAAUUGUAAUAAAGAAAUAUAAACUCUGAAAAUUGUUAUGUUUCAAUAACUGAUUUUUGAAGAUUGUGAUUUAAACGCUUUCAAGUGGGUAGCGUUGUUGUGCUAACUCAUCUUUGUACAAGGGCUCCAGCAAAGGAAAAUCGCUGCUCUUACUCAGUUUUAUAACAUUUUGGCUUGAUGGGUUUUACAUUAAAAACCUAGUAAUUUAACUGAUCUUUUAAAAUUAUGACAGGCUAGGAUUAUCUUCAAAGGAGGAAGUGUAAUGAGCAAUGAUUUUUUUUGUUUCCCUUUGAGAAAUCAAACACAUGUCAGGAUUGCCAGGAUUAUAAAAGACUGUUGAAAUCGCAGGAUUCAGUUGUGGAAUAGAGUAAGGUCCGUACAUAGCUACACUCUACACUCGUGAUUGUUAAUUCCACCAGCGAUCGUCAAUACGCGAAUUGCCACUCGUGGGUGGACGAACUUAUUAAGCGAGCUACAUCUUCCCGGAAGAAGUCGUUGUCCAGCUUGGCUCUGUCGUCAGCAAUGAGGUGAGGCUGGCCCCUGACCGUCACCCAAACAACCUUGCCCAAAGUGCCAGAAUGCCCUUCCAGCACUCGAAUGCGAGCCUACGACGCUGGACGCGACGCGAAUGCUGAUUGCUGCGUAGCACAACACCACGGGUGUAACCCUCUAGGCGAUUAGCUUCAUCCAAGCUUCGCUUUGGUCUCCCCCUGGUCGUCAGCAAAAAACUUACGCUACUUAACGCAGCGUAGCUCGAGACGGCAUCGAGAGUAAUCCUCUCAAAAUCCACCUUGCGGUCUUCGAACUCCAGUGGAACCUCUGAAUGUUCACUGAGCUGAUUGGCUCGUGUAGCUGACGAACUCCCCUGUCCUGGGCAAUGGUACACUUGCUAACCACAAGUCUUGAGAGGGGUUCCGCUAACCUUUUCUUCCAAUCCAGACGUAUCUGGGCCCAUAACCUGUUAAUAAAAGGUUUUCAACGAGAGAGUUAUCGUUUAUUUGCUAUCUCAGUAAGGUCCUUACAUAGCUACAUUCUACACUAGCGAUUGUUAAUUCCACCUGCGUUCUCCGAUACGCGAAUUGCCAAUCGUGGGUUCACAAAUACAUACAUCGUCCUGGUAUACCGAGCGUAGAAGAUUGGUGAUACGUUUUUCUGAAGAUCACGCUCAAAUCAUUAAUAAACCAAUAAAAACAAAAAAUUACCCAUUUAAUCAAAAACCAUCAUUUUUAAGUAUCAGAGAAAACAUAGUUUCAUAUAGUUUUUCGAUUUCUUCUAACUUCUUCUAACACCAACAUGGUCAAAACUUGUAUGCAUUCUGAAAAAGUGCGUUUCGGUGGUCGAGUGGUUAGCGUGGUAAGACGGUAAUCGCUGGUCCACAGAUGGCAUGGGUUCGAUUCCCAACUCGGUACUGGGUGUUAAAUGUUAAUCUUAAGUUGUCCACGUCAUUUAUUCAGUCUGUGAAGCCUAAACCGGCUAAGACGGUGUAUGUCUUUUUAAUAACUUGCGUUACCCAUUUUUGUUAUCAACAUAAUAUCUGGUACAUACAACCAGCGUUGCCAUAUCAACAGAUUUCUUCGUAGAUCUACGGAUUUUAAGCACUUCUACGGAUCUGCGGAUCAAUACUCGAAAUCUAAGGAUUUUCAGCAUUUCCUACGGCUUACGGAUUAUCAAAAAAAAAAAAAAACUACAGGGAUUAUCCGACGAAAAUUAUACCUGAUGACCAAAAACAGACAUUCAAGUUUCUUUUGUCAAAAUCAGUACAUUUUUCGUUUUCUCUCAAACGAACGGAUUUGAGCGAAUUGUAAUCUGGUAGUUAGAUUUUACCACCCUCUUUUUUCCGUCCUUACAUUGACCUAGAACAUGAACUGCAGAUAUAACUACGGCCAGGCCAUGAAAAACGUGUCACGAAAACGCAGAUGAAACAGGAACAAGGGAGGAAUUAAGCGUGGAGUUCCCUACCUAACGCUUCAUAUGAUUGUAUAGGGUUGGGUUAUAUGAGAUAAUGUUUAAUUUGUAAGUUUUGAAUCAUAAAAAGAGCAAACAAAUGUAUUGAUCUCACCCGAAACAUAUACAGUUUGACGCUUAUUCAAACAGGUAAUCCAAUCUUUUGAGUCAAAAGUUUUGACAGGCGACGGAGAUUCGUCACUCGUCACUCAUUUUUCGAAAAAUAAUUCCCAAAACAGAUAACAUUCAUUAUAGGUAUUUUCUCGAAAAAAAAAACAUACAAAUAAGAAAUUCUCGACGUAGGAAAAAUAUACACGACCGUUCUGAAGCACGGCUUGCUGUGAAAAAUUAUAAAUAUGCACCCAAUAAACAUUUUCUUGCUGAAAAAAACGCUGGAAAAUAAAGUGGUUCAACUUUUUAUCGACAAUCUGGCUGAUAGAAGUCCUUUAAAAAUCUUGAUUUGGAGAAAUUAUUCAGUAAACGUCAUUUAACGUCAAUUGACGGGAAAAAACAAAAAGGUACCAAAAAAUUCCCUUUAACUGCAGUCUGUCGAAUUCUUCAAGCAAAUGGUUGAACAAAGGCUGAAAAAGUGUUAUAGAAACAUCUCUUCAACUUCUCACAUUGGCUGAACUAAGACUUCUUUAAAGAAUGAAACUUGUUUACAGUUUGUCUUUAUUCUGAGCUGAAGCAGCAAUUACGCUUUAGCUCAGCUUUUGUUCAAUAAAUUGCCGUUCUCAAGCGACUAAAAUAAGCUUGCCAGAUUGCCCGGUUUUAUCCGAGUUUGCAAAAUUUCGAGAAAGUCCGGUCCGGCCCGGUUGCCUGGACAUUGUGAAAAAAGUCCGGAUAUUGCCCGGAUUUUUUCACAAUUUUCACAAAGAAACCAAAAAAAAAUCAAAGUUUUUGAGUAAAUUUCAGCAAAAUCGAUGACGGAUUGGAAAUUCUAAACGGUUGUUUCAAAUAAUUUCGCAGAUUUACUUUUAUAAACCUUUAAAUAUUUAAGUGUUCCAAAAAGUUGGUGGAAGUCUGCAAUAACAUUAAACUAAUCGAGCAUUGUUAUAUUGCUUUAAUGAAAAAUUAAUUUAAUUUUUUUUUGCAUUUUUCUUUGCUUUUAUAUAUAAUAACACCUAAAUUUUGCCCGGUUUUUUCCCGGUUUAUGGAUUUGAAAAAUCGAAAUCCAUGCCCGGAUUUUGCCAGAUUUUUUUGAAAAAAUGCACGGAAUUGCAAGGCCCGGAUGGGAGUGGAAAAAAUUCUGGCAACCUUAGACUAAAAUCUUUGUUGGGUAGCCUUAAAUAUAACAAAGUUGCUGGAUUGAUUUUCUGAAAAAAAUUAAUAGCCAAAGUUGGUUGAAAAUGAUGAAAAAUAAAACAUGCCAAAGCAUAUUGUGUCUUUUGUGGAGCAUGUGUUCGUAAUUACAAAAUACAACUACUAUGAGUUUUUCCACAAAAAAAGAAAUUAGGGUUGUAGAGGGUUAAUUCAGAUAUAUUGGAAAAGCUACAUGUGCAUUUACACAUGUAGAUAAGAUGGCGCUACUUUUGAGGGUAGUGACUUUCUGAAUAUACCCUUACCAAAUAUCUUUGGAAGCCGCAUAAAUUUAGCAAUCCGCAAACAGAAACAGCGACCAUUCAGAAGACUGUCUUGAAUUUGUUAGCUGACAGCACCAGCAAGAGGUGAUUUAUUGCAAAUACCUACAUAUAAAAAUCUGAGUAACUGCCCAGAGCGAUUGUUUCAUUGGACGAUUACUGUUAAAAAAAUAGAAUUUGUCAUGUGAUUAUGAUUCGGUCAGUAUUUCUUGACAGGGCUUGUGUCCUCCGAAAAAGUGUUUCGGACCGAUCCUACUGAUAAUGGGAUGAAAAUUGAACAGAUUUUCGUCUUCUUUCCGAUCUGGGAGGAACUAACAAGAUUGUGGUUGCUUAGUAGUAAUUAAAAGUGUCACGCGUGGUUGCUUUGAUGCAAUCUAUAUAGAAAGUGUAUGACAUUCAAAGUUAUUUCUUUGACCACAUAACAGCGAUGCCGGUUCCUUGGAUACAAAAAUCAUUACUAUUCUUUAUUCGAAGUUGUUUUCGUAGUUUGGGAACUAGACCAGUGGCUGAUUUUCACUUAAAAACCAUUUGUGAGUCAUUCUACUUUUCGAACAUUUUCUAACAGAUGAACAUGUGCUUCACCAAAAUAUUUCAACUUCCCUUUCUAAACCUUCUCUCUUUCAUUUCCUUUUCUUUCGUUUCCAAGCUAAGCAUCACAUAAAUAUAACAAAAAGAAAAAAAACAAGAAUAAUCAUAGCUACUAUAAAAAGAGAUACUACGUUUGCAUGCGCGUUUCUACGGUUUUGUUUCUGAUUACAUAUUACAUCUUCCAACUCUCUUUGGUGGCAAUAAUUAUCGUAUCUAAGCAAAAUCAUAUUGACUUUGUCAACAGAACAUAACGGACGAAGGAAGGAAAAAAAGCAAGAAAAAAAUAUAAAACAUUCAGAAAAAUGAAACAACAAAAUGGAGCUUUAAUCUUGCACUUUAUAUUAUAUAUGAAUGAACAAAAGAGGGGGAAGGAGAAAAACAAGUAUAUAUUAUCCUUUUUACUUAACUAAUCCAUACAUUUAAAUGAAGAGUAAAGAAGAAGAAAAAAACAAGUAUAUAUUAAACCAUAAUUGUGAUAAUAGAAGAAAUUUAAUCAUUUCAUUGGCAGAAAAAAACGUCUGACGAACAAAUUCCACAUACUUCAUACGUGUGUAUGUAUUUCCUUUUUUUCAACACUUUUGAGUCGAACACAAUCAGUCAUGGAGAGACGAAGAAACUUCCAAACGAACAAAAAAGGUGGCAUAUUGUGGUAUGAAAAUGAGAGUAAGUCUCUUGAACUCUUUUCUCACUCAUCACUCAUGAAAGGAAAAAAAAACAAACAAGUAUGGAAGCAUGCAUGCUGACCCACUUCCGGUCGUGACUCUCGUGGUAAAAUGAUGAAGUAUUGAUAUUUAUAACAAACUAGCAUUGAAUAAAUAAUAAAAAAUAUAUAUACAUACAUAUAAAUAUAUCAGAACUCUGCGGUAGUCAGUCGGUGGAAAGUAAGUAAGCAAGAAUCGUUUAGAAAACAGAUUAGAAAACUCUAUCUAUUAGAUGGUGAAGAAUCAUUAGGGAUGUGAACACGGACAGUGUAGCUGGAAAGUGUGACAGGACAAAGGAAACUGAAGUCUUACUAUAAUUUUGACAAUCUAAAUGUAGUUAAACUAAACAAAAGAAAGAAAGAAAGAAAAAAACGAAAUAAAAAAACUAGCUUAGUCUUGAGGUUGAUUUAGGAGAUUACGAAUGAUAACGAUACAUUUGCCAAUCCGAAUAGAAAAAGAGAGAAACGGAGAAAAUCCAAUGCCCGAGUACAUUCCAAUCUUUCUCUCGUUGAUGAUACACUAGAAGGAGAGAGAAAGAGAGUACGUUAAAGAGUAAAACUAAACAUAGAAAAAAAAAAACAGAGAGCAAAACAGGAACAAAAAGUAACCCAUAGGUGUAAGCGGGAGUUUGAUCGUGGCGACUUCUACUUUCUACACGAUCACAAUUCUCACGAGACGCGCUAGGUAAGAUCAACAACACACAUACAUACAUGAAUCGCAUGAGUCGCAAAUUCAUUGUUUUUGUCUUAUUCGUUGAAUGUAAGGUUAAGUUUUUACUCUUACAUCAUAUAGCAACCUUGGGACAAGACAAAUAAAAAGCAUAGUCACUAAUGUUAGUACAUUGAUUGUUUCGAUUUAUUAGUUUAGUAAAUGUUGUUGUUGAAUUUGACUUCUGAUUCAAAACAUGUAUUUCUACACACCGUAUCCUUGCCAUUUUCGAUUCGAAGUUUUAGUAUACAAAAUAAAGCAUUAAAUAAAAUCAAGCGAGAAUAAUACGACGGACUACUAAGUACUAGUAGGAAUAAAGAAAAACUCACACAUAUACACAGAAACACUGAAAAAAAAACACUCAAAUACACCACAACAGGACUACCAAAUUCCCACCCUCGGGAGGCGUUCCAAAGUUCGCCGAAACGUGAGAGAGCGCGAUGCUUGAACAAACAUAAAAAACGGAGAUAAUCUUUAGCAUCAACGAAUAUCCACCCACCUUGUUAUACUGAACGGCGAAUGGAGUUUACUCAAAUUUGAGUAAACAAAGUUUUUGUCGCGAAAAAACACCGAUUUGGAUGUGCAUUUAGUUGUUCCAAUCCAUGUAUAGUUUUCACUCGAUCGAAGCAACCUUUGAUUUAUUUUUCUGUGUGUUCCAAGCAAGCCCAAAUAACGACCAAAACAAAAUCACGUCAUUGUCAAUAAACGAGCGUACUUUUGGGUCACAAAAAAGGCAGGACGCAGUAGGCGAACAGACAGGGAUGAGCAAUAGGCGGUCGCGCAGCAAAACCGAACCGAAUGAAGGGUGUGGAGUCGUUAAACAACAACAACAAAAACACAAAUAAAUGAACCUGAAACAAGAAAGUAUAUAAACAAAACAAACAAAACGCUAAAGUGAGAGAUAAAUAAAACCAGAGUUUACAAGAAAUGCUUAUUAAAAAAAAAAACAAAACAAACAAACAUAAAGUAAAAGUAACGAGCAAGUCGUGUAAGGAAAUUUCUAUUUCACCACUGCCUUAAUUUUUAAAUCUGUAACAAUUUGUGAGAAUCGCGAAAUCACUCUCAUACUCGAGCAGAAAAAAAAACAUAUAAAAAAAAACAAAUCACAAAAAUGAAAACAAACGACCGGUCAGAAAUUACAGAUUAACUUUACAGCAAAAGAUGAAGAAAAGUCGUUGAGUCAAUCGAAAAAAGGAAGAUCCACCAUUGUUCAACGCAAGACUAUGAUGGGAAAAUGUAAGCAAGCAAAACACAAAUGGGAAAACGUGCAAUAUACACUUGAAGAAUUUAAGAAAUCAGAGUGAAAUCAAUACCGUUUCCCCUUAACCCCCAACAAUAAAGAAACUGACUAAAUCAGAACCCACAAAAACAUAAAAUAACGAAACCAGCAAAGAAAGUAAUAAAGCGAGACGAACGGAAACAGAACUUGAAUGCAAACUUGUAUAGGAUUAUAUUGUGCGCGAAACGUUUAGCUAAUCUUUUACAUUUGUCUAUUUAAAUUUAUAUUCACUGAAUAGAGAGAUCACAACAAGAGAUAGUACCAAAUCUCGUAUUAAGAUGAAGAUGAUUAAGAAGAAGCAAAAAAAAAAACAAAAUGAAAAAAGACACUACGGAAAUUGCAUUUUAUAUUUCAAUGUUUCUUUUUUCACACCUCUAGUUGUUAUCGGAUUUCAAAAAAUAAUUGAUUGAAUUUAUGACACAGAAAAAAUACAAAUAUAAUAUAUGAAGAGAAAAAAUGAACAUAAGCAUACUCACGACUAAUAUUAUUAAAAUGAUGCAAAGGAGAACCAAUAUCUACCCGAUUCAGAAAACAAACAAAAAAUACAGACAAGAAAGUAAAAAAAAAAAAACACGUCAACGGUUAUUGAAAUCUGAGUAGUAGUGAGCAAGUCUUUUAGAUUAGAAACAAAAAAUAACAAAUACAUUUGCUACCUUGGCAACCAGAAAACAUCAACAACAAUAUGGACUAAAAUAUAUUCAUUGUAGAACGGAACACACAUACACACCGAGUAAAAGGAAGCAGAAAAAAAUCAACACGAUCUCAGAAUUUUACACCUACAUACAAAAAAAGAAGUUGGUCAAAAUUUAUUAGACCUGCUCACACGUUUAUAUUUCCCAUCUACAGUGCAUCAAACAAACAUUAUACAUACAUUUUUCGCAAAGAGAUACACAAACACACUCUUAAGAAAUUGCACUUUUAACGAAAACAAUUCGGUAAUUUUGGACGGCGAUGAAAAGAAGCGACAACUAAAACUGAAAAAAAGAGAAGAAGAAAAAAACAUCAAACAACUCCAAACCCCAUUCGUCACCAAACCAAAACAACAACAACAACAAAAAAACCUAGCGACUUUCCUUUACAAUGUCUUAUUUCGAAUCUCUAUAUACAAGAAAGAAAAAGCAAAAAUACAGAAAUUCUCAAAACUACACUACUGCAAGUUAUGAAAGAGAAAAAAGAAAACAACAAAUCUAAGAUCAUUGAUUCAGUCAUUGAUUUAGUGACAAAAUACAUCAUACAGCAAGCAGAAAAAAAACAUAAACAAAAACAAUAUAUAUAGUUCUUUUAUCUGUAGAAAAA